AUGGAACCCAAGAAUACUUUCAAAAUUAUUCUCGGAGCUGCACCAAUUGGUGACAAUGCCGUCGACACUAUGGCACGCUUCUCUACCCCAGACGAAGUGAAUGGCUUCCUAAACGUCUUCGCUAAGCAUGGCUACGACGAGAUUGACACUGCUGCCGUUUACUCCCCUGGAGCUCCUUACACGUCCGAGCCCAGAAUUGGCGCCGUCUCAGCAGGUGAUCGGUUCAAGAUCGACACCAAAGCCGAUUGGUUCCAAGGACACACGAAGGAGAGUGUGUCGCGCGACAUUGAUAACUCCCUCAAGAACUUAAAGGUUGAUCAGAUCAAUCUUUACUACCUUCAGCUCCCUGAGCGCAAAUACCCACUUGAGCCCGUUCUUGAGACUCUCAACCAGGCGCAUAAAGAUGGGAAGAUCAAGGCCUGGGGCAUCUCGAAUUAUCGCGCGGAUGAAGUUCAAAAGACACUCGAUAUUUGCGAAGAACAUGGAUUUGUCAAGCCGAGCGUGUACCAAGGUCACUACAACCCAAUUGUUCGUGGUGGCGAAAAGGAAUUGUUCCCUCUCCUACGCAAGCAUGGUAUCGCGUUUUACUGCUACAGUCCUGCCGCGGGUGGCUUUUUCGCCCAGAAGCAUAAAAACCCCGACCCAGUGUCGCGAUUUGCAGGCUUGACGCCCGUUGGAAGCGUGUACGUUGGCAUGUACGUCAAGCAGUCAAUUGAAAGCGCUGUGGAGAAAUCGCUACAGGUGGCGGCCAAGUACGACAUCAAGGGCCACGCGGCGGCGCUUCGAUGGACGGCUCAUCACAGCAUUUUGAAGGCGGAAUAUGGCGAUGGCAUUGUUAUCGGUGCGUCGAGCUUGGAACAGCUUGAGAGCAAUCUCAGUACGAUUGAAGAGGGUCCAUUGCCUGAUGAGGUAGCGGCUGCGAUUGAUCAAGUCUACGCAGAGGUUGGAGACGAAAUCGCGUACCAUCUGUAG